CGCCCGCCUAGGCGGCGCGAGGUCACGGCAGGGGGGAUGUUACUCCGGCUGGUGGGGGCGGCCGGCAGUCGGGCCCUGGCCUGGCCUUUCUCCAAGUUGUGGCGCUGUGGUGGCUGCGCAGGAAGCGGCGGGGCGGUCUGGAGCAGCGUGAGGGUCGGUGGCAUUGCUCGGCAGGGGAUAUGCUCGCUGCAGGCUCUGCAGGGAAGACUGACUUGGUUCUCCCCAAUGCAGUGUUCAAAACCUCCCAAAGGGUUUGAGAAAUUUUUUAAGAAUAAGAAGAAUGGAAGAAGUACAGAACCAGGAAACUCAGUAGCUCAAAAGAAAGAAACUGUAGAACCAAAGAACACUGGGCCUGGAGGAGAUGGAGGCAAGAGAGGAGGGAAGCAAGAUGGCUUUGCCUGGUGGAAGCGGAUGCAGAAGGGGGAGUUUCCGUGGGAUGACAAGGAUUUCCGGAGUCUGGCUGUUCUGGGGGCAGGCGUGGCUGUGGGAUUUUUAUAUUUCUAUUUUCGAGAUCCCGGAAAAGAGAUCACCUGGAAGCACUUUGUGCAGUAUUACCUCGCCAGAGGUCUGGUGGAUCGGCUGGAGGUUGUGAACAAGCAAUUUGUGCGUGUUAUUCCUGUCCCUGGGACAACGACCGAGAAGUUCGUGUGGUUUAACAUUGGCAGCGUUGACACCUUUGAGAGGAACCUCGAGUCUGCUCAGUGGGAGCUGGGGAUUGAGCCCACCAACCAGGCUGCGGUAGUCUAUACUACAGAGAGUGAUGGCUCUCUUCUCCGAAGCCUGGUGCCCACCCUGGUCCUGGUUAGCAUCCUCCUGUAUGCUAUGAGGAGGGGUCCAAUGGGGACUGGUCGUGGUGGGCGAGGAGGAGGCCUCUUCAGUGUUGGUGAAACAACAGCCAAGAUCUUAAAAAACAACAUUGAUGUGAAGUUCGCCGAUGUGGCUGGCUGUGAAGAAGCCAAGUUGGAAAUUAUGGAAUUUGUGAAUUUCCUGAAGAACCCAAAGCAAUAUCAGGACUUAGGAGCUAAAAUCCCAAAGGGAGCAAUGCUUACUGGUCCACCUGGUACUGGCAAAACACUUCUUGCAAAAGCAACUGCUGGGGAGGCCAAUGUGCCCUUCAUCACUGUGAAUGGGUCGGAGUUCCUGGAAAUGUUCGUUGGUGUUGGGCCAGCACGGGUUCGUGACAUGUUUGCAAUGGCCCGGAAAAAUGCUCCUUGUAUUUUAUUCAUUGAUGAGAUUGAUGCAAUUGGCAGGAAGCGAGGUCGUGGUCACCUGGGAGGCCAGAGUGAGCAGGAGAAUACUUUAAACCAGAUGCUGGUGGAGAUGGAUGGCUUCAACUCUACCACUAAUGUGGUAGUGCUAGCUGGCACCAAUCGCCCUGAUAUCCUUGACCCAGCCCUGACGCGGCCUGGCCGGUUUGACCGCCAGAUCUACAUUGGUCCCCCUGAUAUCAAAGGCAGGUCCUCUAUUUUCAAGGUUCACUUGCGUCCUCUCAAGCUAGAUGAACGCCUCACCAAAGAUGCUCUUUCGAGGAAACUAGCCGCUCUUACUCCAGGUUUCACUGGUGCUGAUAUUUCCAAUGUGUGCAACGAAGCAGCACUGAUUGCUGCCCGCCAUCUUAGCCCUUCUGUCCAGGAGAAGCACUUUGAGCAAGCCAUCGAGAGGGUCAUUGGAGGCCUUGAGAAGAAGACCCAGGUCCUACAACCCAGUGAAAAGACGACUGUCGCCUACCAUGAGGCAGGGCAUGCAGUGGUGGGCUGGUUCUUGGAACAUGCAGACCCUCUGCUGAAGGUGUCCAUCAUCCCUCGGGGCAAGGGCCUUGGCUAUGCUCAGUACCUUCCCCGCGAGCAGUACCUCUACACACGGGAGCAGCUCUUCGACCGCAUGUGUAUGAUGCUGGGGGGCAGGGUGGCUGAGCAGCUGUUCUUUGGCCAGAUCACUACAGGGGCUCAGGAUGACCUGAGGAAGGUCACCCACAGUGCCUAUGCCCAGAUUGUACAGUUUGGAAUGAGCGAGAAGCUGGGCCAGGUAUCCUUUGACCUCCCCAGACAAGGAGAGACCAUGGUGGAGAAACCGUACAGUGAAGCCACUGCCCAGCUCAUUGAUGAGGAGGUCCGGCACCUUGUCAGGUCUGCCUACGAUCGGACCCUGGAACUGCUCACACAGUGCCGGGAGCAGGUCGAGAAGGUGAGCAGGCGACUCCUGGAGAAAGAAGUGCUGGAGAAGGCUGACAUGGUAGAACUCUUGGGCCCUCGGCCCUUUGCAGAGAAGUCCACCUAUGAGGAAUUUGUAGAGGGCACCGGCAGCCUAGAGGAGGACACAUCCCUUCCUGAGGGGCUGAAAGACUGGAAUCAGGGUCGGGAGGAAGGGGGCACCGAGCGGUGCUUACAGGAGAGCCCUGCAUAGCAGUGGCCUGUUUGACCACUGUUGGCCAGAACAGCUGUCAGAGGAACUGAAAAACAAAUUAAAAUAGGUGACAACUGCAAACAAAUCUUUUAGAGAAGACCAUUUAGACUUCACAGAAGAGAGAGCCAGGACUUGGCAGCCUCCAUCCAAGGCAAUAGCUAAGGGAUCAAAAGCCUGAGGCCACAGGCCCUGGACCUAGAGGUCUGGCAGUUCAGGUAGAAAGGGAGUUGGAAGCUGGCUUCUGUGAAGCCAUGAGUGUUGUCUUUGGGGAUUCUGUGUAUAGGGCAUUAGGAGCUACAUCAGCUUCCAGUAGACACAGAGCUGAUUCAGUUUCCAAGUAUGCUGCCUUAUAACUUGCCUCUGAGGUAAUUAAUUGCUCAGAGGCUAAGCCUGAUCUAACACAGAUAAAGUCUGGUGAAGAAUUAAUGAAAAUGUAAGCCAGUCAUCAAGGGAAGGCUGGGUUCUUAAGCUGAUCAGUGCUUAGGAAAGAAAGCCAGCUCAGCUGCACAUCUCUGGCAGCAUCAGAAAUGUUGUCAGUCAGACCUGGCAUCUAGCCUAGCUCUGGUGCCCGUUUACCAACCAUCUUGUGGGACAGCUCUUGAGUAGAGGAAGGGUCUAAAAGAGGUAUCUUUUUCUUGUUGAUCCUGGGGUGUGGAGGCCUGAACUCGAGCCCUUAAAGCUUGGGUCCUAGGGUUCCAUAAGAGUGUGCUUGUGGAUUUCCUCCAGGACUCCCUGGGAUCACAGAUCUCAGGGCUGUACCAUCUGCUGCAUCAGCCAACUCUUCAAGUCUGCUCAUGGCCUGGGGAGGAAUCCAUUUACUCCCUUGACUUGUUUAAAAAUUUUUUUUUUGAUUUUCGAGACAGGGUUUCUCUGAAGUUUUUGGUGCCUGUCCUGGAACUAGCUCUUGUAGACCAGGCUGGCCUCGAACUCACAGAGAUCCGCCUGCCUCUGCCUCCCGAGUGCUGGGAUUAAAGGCGUGCGCCACCACCACCCGGCUUGUUUAAAAUUUUUGUAUGUAUGCCCACUGGUGUUCAUGUGUGCAUAUGAUAACAUGUGUCCAUAUGAUUAUGCGGAGACCAGGGAUUGACUUAGUAUGUCUUCCUCAAUUGCUUUUUUUCUUUUUGGUUUUUGAGACAGGGUUUCUCUGUAGCUUUGGAGCUUGUCCUGGAACUUGCUCCCCAAGUGCUGGGAUUAAAGGCGUGUGCCACCACCACCCAGCUCUCAAUUGCUUUCUAUCUUAUUUGAUUUUUUUUAUUUAUUUAGUUGUGAUUGUGUCUGCACAUGCAUAUCUACAAACACAUAUGCUCCAUGGUACAUGUGUAGGUCAGGAACAACUUGUUAGAGUCAAUUCUGUCCUUUUGCCGUGUGGGUUCACCUGCCUUUACCCACUGAGCCAUCUUGCCAGCAGUGUACCCUGUUUUUUGAGAUGGGGUCUCUUACUGAAUCUGGCUAGAUUUGCAGGCCAGCAAGCUCGAAGGAUCCUCCGGUCUCUGCCUUCCCAGUGCUGGGAUUACAGGUGUCCCUUUCUGCCUGGCUUUUAUGUGGAUGAUGUGCAGCAAGCACUUCAGCUGCUCAGCCCCUCUCCAGCUCUGUAACUGAUGGUGGUGGGCUUCCUGGAUGUCUCGUCAGGAGGGAGGAGACCUGCUCUCUGCCUCUUAAACCGUUACGUCCUUAACUUUUCUUUGGGGCCUGGAUAAAGACCAGACACUGAAUGUACAUAGUAUAGUACAUUUUCUAAAUUGUGUUUGCCUCAGAGCCUCAGAAACAGAAAUUUUAUCAGGGGACAGAUACUUCUCUAACUUUUACUUUUGUAAAAUGUACAUUACUAAAUUUUAAAAAUAAAAUUUUUUUUCAUUUUUAA